AUGACUAUUGAUCUCCAGUAUUACUCACAGAGAAUCGAUGAAUGGUAUGAUAAUAAAGAAUUUUAUGAAUUACGUACGGCUGAGCAGUUGGGACAAUUAUUAAAACUUUGCGAGUUGGAUAUUAAAAAAUUUUCGAAAAUGUCCAAACACAUUAACAAGUGUUUUGAUGACUCCGCCAAAUUAGAAAUUAUACAGCAUGCCAAGCUCACAUAUGGAACAAGAAUGAGUAACGUUUUCACUCUUAUUGAAAUCAUUUCAAAGCUGUUAAAUAUCAAUAUUUUACGCGAAGCUAUUACCUUAAUCAAAACACGUUAUACCGAGACCCAAGAUUCAAAACAACAAAAUAUAUCGGGUGAGGAAUCUUCGCCUAAAGCCCAGAAAUCCUCUCAAAAAGCUUUACAGUCAAGAACCUCAGAAGAAAAUUUACAGAACCUAAAAAGAUUGACCAAAGUCCCAGAAAACGUUCCAAUAUUUUAUGAAAUUCUCCAAGACGCCGUCGCUGAAGGAGAUGAAGUAUCAAUCAAAUAUGCAGUUGAAGAUGGAAUAUGCGACAUUCGUCAUUCAAGUAACUUACAUCCAAACUUAGUUUUAAUUUCCGCAUCCCAGGGAAAUUUGGCACUUGUUGAAUUAUUACACAAGUUUGGUGCAGAUAUACAAUGCAAAGACGACUUUGAUCAUAAUAUUCUACACAAAUUUGCUCAAACAAGCAGCUUGGAAGGAGUUAAGUUCGCAUUAAAAUUCAUUGACGUCAACUCAAAAACAGCAACAGGAUUGACCGCUCUUCACAUCGCUGCAUUAAAUGAGCAACCCGAAAUUUGCGAAUACCUGUUAUCUCUCCCUGAGACACUAAAGAAUGAAAAAGAUUAUGAAGACGCAACUCCAUUGGCUUGUGCAUUAAUCAGAGAAAACUAUAAAGUUGCUGAUAUUUUGAGGAAUCAUGAUUGUAAAUUGUAA